UUUUCAUUAGCUAAGUCUUAGAGCUCACAUAUCUCUCUCUCUAGCGGCAUAAACCCUAGCUGGUACUCAGAGCCGGCGACUCCGAACGCCUCAGAUCUCCUUCGCAACCAUGACUUUCAAGCGCAGGAACGGUGGUCGCAACAAGCACGGCCGCGGUCACGUCAAGUUCAUCCGCUGCUCCAACUGCGGCAAAUGCUGCCCCAAGGACAAGGCUAUCAAGAGAUUUCUUGUGAGGAACAUUGUUGAGCAAGCUGCAGUUAGGGAUGUUCAAGAAGCUUGCGUCUAUGACCAGUAUGUUCUUCCAAAGCUGUAUGCAAAGAUGCAGUACUGUGUUUCCUGUGCUAUUCACUCACAUGUUGUGAGGGUUCGCUCUCGCACUGAUAGGAGGAAGCGUGACCCACCACAACGUUUCCUCAGGCGUAGGGAUGAUCAGCCAAGGCCUGGUCAGCCUGGUCAAGCACCCCGCCCUGCUGGAGCUGGGAAUCCUGCCCGAACAUAAAAAGCUGUCAAGCUUAUCACAUAUGCAGUCAUUGCUGUCCCUGGACCUUUCAGUUUUGUCUAGGAAAUCUUAAUGGUUUAAUUUACUGUUUUCUUUAUGGAUGUUUGAUUCGAUGAGUAUGAGACCUGGCAAUCCAUGAAUUUAAUUUUCAAAACAUGAUUAUGUACUUAAUUGAGUUUUGACAUAUCAGUUUUAUUUGCAAUUGUCUUCCGCCUCCCCCCUCAUUUGCUCCACCAUGUGCAAUGCUGAGGUAUAGAUCAUUGCAUAAAUAGUGUGACCGUGUGAUAGAAAGUUAAAAAACUGAACUCAAAAAGACGUAUUCUCUACAGGUUUAUAUUGUAAUAUAGGACCUUGAGAUUAUGGUCUUCACA